AUGAUGGCUACGGAAUUGGUAAUGGCGGAGAGGCGACUCAGAGCUAUUCAAUCUCAUUUGAUUCCUGCAACUACUCAUAAUUCUUCUGUUGAGAUCCACCCAAACCCAACAGCCGGUGAAUUUUAUCAAGGUCAGCGAUACAGCGUAGUCCUUCCAGAAAAAUUGCAGACAGGGAAAUGGAAUGUGUACAGAUCUGCAGUCUCUCCUGUGAAGCUUGUUGAGAGGUUUCCAGAUCAUCCCGAAAUUGCUACAUUGCAUGAUAACUUUAUACAUGCAGUUGAAGCAUUUCAGGAUUACAAGUAUUUGGGUACUCGCAUUCGCGUGGAUGGGAGCAUUGGAGAAUACAAAUGGAUGACAUAUGGUGAGGUUUCUACUGCUCGAACGGCAAUAGGUUCUGGACUAUAUAAUCAUGGAAUCCAACCGGGAUCAUGUGUUGGACUGUACUUCAUCAACAGACCUGAAUGGCUAAUUGUUGAUCAUGCCUGCUCAGCAUAUUCGUAUAUCUCAGUCCCUUUAUAUGACACUCUUGGUCCUGAUGCUGUCAAGUUCAUUGUGGGUCAUGCUGAUGUACAGGCCAUUUUCUGUGUUCCUACCACUCUGAACACAUUGCUGAGUUUUUUAUCGGAGAUUCCAUCUGUACGGGUUAUAGUUGUGGUAGGAGGGGUAGAUGAGCACCUCCCAUCUCUUCCUGCAACAGCCAGAGUCAAGGUUAUCUCAUAUUCGAAGUUACUCGAUCAGGGCCGCAGAAAUGUUCAACCUUUUUGUCCUCCCAAGGCAAAUGAUAUUGCAACUAUAUGCUAUACCAGUGGUACUACUGGGACACCAAAGGGUGUUGUUUUAUCUCAUGCAAAUCUGAUUGCAAGUGUUGCGGGUAUGAGUCAUGCUGUCAAGUUUUAUUCCUCAGACAUUUAUAUAUCUUACCUUCCAUUGGCACACAUCUACGAGCGGGCCAACCAAAUUAUGAGUGUGUAUUUUGGAGUUGCUAUUGGCUUCUACCAGGGGGACAAUUUAAAACUGAUGGACGAUUUGGCAGCUCUAAGGCCAACAAUAUUUUGCAGUGUCCCCCGUCUUUACAACAGAAUAUAUGCAGGGAUUACAAAUGCUGUUAAAACAUCUGGGGCCCUAAAAGAGAGAUUGUUCAAUGCUGCCUACAAUUCCAAGAAGCAGGCCAUAAUGAAUGGUAGAAGGCCAUCGCCCAUGUGGGAUAGGUUGGUUUUCAAUAAAAUUAAGGAUAAACUGGGAGGUAGAGUUCGCUUCAUGGGUUCGGGAGCUUCACCUUUGUCACCUGAUAUCAUGGAAUUUCUACGGGUAUGUUUCGGCUGUCGAGUUACGGAAGGAUAUGGAAUGACAGAGACUUCCUGUGUGAUUAGCUCAAUGGAUGACGGUGAUAUCUCUACAGGGCAUGUUGGUUCUCCAAAUCCUGCUUGUGAAAUCAAGCUCGUGGAUGUUCCUGAAAUGAACUACACUUCUGAUGAUCAACCUCAUCCUCGUGGGGAGAUCUGUGUUAGGGGUCCCAUUGUGUUUCAAGGCUAUUACAAAGAUGAAGUGCAGACAAGGGAAGUCAUGGAUGAAGAUGGUUGGCUGCACACUGGAGAUAUUGGAUUAUGGUUACCUGGAGGACGACUUAAGAUAAUUGAUAGGAAAAAGAACAUAUUUAAGUUGGCCCAGGGGGAGUACAUAGCUCCUGAGAAGAUUGAGAAUGUCUAUGCCAAAUGCAAAUUUGUUGCCCAGUGUUUCGUGUAUGGUGAUAGCUUCAAUUCAUCAUUAGUAGCUGUAGUUUCUGUGGACCCAGAUGUCUUGAGAGAAUGGGCUACUUCUGAAGGCAUCAAGUUCCAAGAUUUGGAACAGUUAUGUAGUGAUCCUAGAGCGAAGGCUGCUGUUCUAGCUGAUAUGGAUGCCGUCGGAAGAGAAGCUCAGUUGAGAGGUUUCGAGUUUGCAAAAGCAGUCACUUUAGUUUCUGAGCCUUUUACUUUGGAGAAUGGCCUCCUCACUCCAACAUUCAAGAUCAAGAGACCUCAAGCAAAGGCCUACUUCCAACAGGCAAUAUCAGACAUGUAUGCAUCAUUGUCGACGGCUGAUCCAAGACCACAAAGUGCUUUGUGA